GUAAGCUGCAUUCCAUUCAGAUGGUUCCACAGAGACAACAGAGACAGAGACACCCUCAGAGUUUGGCUUUAGUGUCCGUGAGCGUGAAGAUCUGCAAAGAUCACACUGCUGACCCCUUCGUCUCUGUGUCUCCCCUUCAAGGAUACGGGCUGCAACAGGAGACGCUGUCAUGGACCUGGGAAAAAAACUCAGCACUCCCAAAGACAUCAUGCUGGAGGAGCUGUCGCUCCUCUCCAACAGAGGGUCCCGGCUUUUCAAAAUGCGCCAGAGGAGGUCUGAGAAGUAUACAUUUGAAAGCAUUCAAAACGAGGCAAACGCACUGCUGAAUCAGAAUGAUAUUCUGAACCAGAACACACACUCUGUGGAGAUUAAAGUGGAUCCGCCAGCACAUGAUGGCUCUGCAAAUUCAACCUCAGACAUGGUCACAGAAAAGCUGGACACCACGCCUGGGCACAAAACGUACCACUCACCAUGGGAGCAGGUCAUCUUGAGCGACCCUAACCUCGCCGAUACGCUCCAGCUCAGAAUGCCAGAGCCAGAGCCGAAGCAGGAUCUUCCUGAAUACAAAUGCUUCAACCGGGUUGCCACUCCUUAUGGUGGUUUUGAAAAGGCUCCAAGAGGAAUCACAUUUAAGCUCCCUGAGGUGGACCUGAACCCACCACAGUACCAGGAGCUCUGCGAUCCGAGAGCAAAGCGGCCUACGUUCAACAGGACGGCCCAGGGUUGGAUAUCAGAAGGCACUCAUCUCAUCCUACCCACUAUAACCCUGGAGCCUUUCAGUGUGCCUGAGUCUGAUGACCUGUAGGUGAUUUCACUGAAAGAUGGAACAUCAUGCAAAGGGACGUGGGGAUGCAUUCACAGUAGAUAAUAUUUUGUCCAAUGGAGCUGCCUGGAAAUGUGAUUUUCCCGUUUUCUGAUGAUAGGCUGGGUUUUAAUGACACAUGGCGUAAUAUGUCCAAACUUUUUCUUAUGAAUAGGGAAAGUAAUUUACAUUCAACAUCAGAAGAAAAGCUGUAGAAUUUAAUUACCUUUAAUCAUAAUGUGUACAUUAUAUACAAAAUAUUUGCAAAUAUAGUCAUGAAGUGUAUUCAAUAAACUCAGCAUCCUGAUA